AUCGUCUCCUUGUCAUAUAAUCUAUAACAUCAAAAAUCAUAGCAGAGCACAGUCUCAGUAUGAAUUCCAACAACAACAACUCGGGCGGCCGAAGCAGCCACGACUUUGCCCGAGGCGGCAACUCCAGCAACUCCAAUUCCAACAACUCCAAUGGGGGCUCGAAUGGCAACUCAGGCAGCAGCGGAGGCUCAUCUGGCCUAGGGGGAGGCAGCUCAAACAACAACAGCAACAGCAGCAGCGGCGGGAGCAACGGAAACAGCGGCGGCGGUGGCGGCUAUGGCGGCGGCGGCGGCGGCGGCUCUUCUAAUAACAACUCAUCAAGCAACUCGUCAAGCAGCCAAUCGAGAGGCGGAAACAGCUCAGGCGGCUACGGGGGCGGUUCGUCCGGCGGUUCAUCCGGCGGCUCAUCCGGCGGCUCAGCCGGCGGCUCCUCUAACAGCAACUAUGGGGGCUCAAGCGGUGGCGGUGGCGGUGGUGGUUCUUCUUCCGGAGGCUAUGGCGGAGGCUCCAGCGGCGGCUCCGGCGGCGGCAAUUCUUCCUCUGGAGGCUAUGGCGGAGGCUCCGGCGGAGGCUCCGGCGGCGGCAGCAACUCCUCCUCCGGAGGCUACGGCGGUGGCUCCAGCGGCGGCGGCGGCGGUUCUUCUGGAGGCUAUGGCGGUGGCUCCAGCGGCGGCGGCGGCGGUUCUUCUGGAGGCUAUGGUGGUGGCUCCAGCGGCGGCGGCGGUUCUUCUGGCGGCUAUGGCGGCGGCUCCAGCGGCGGCGGCGGUUCUUCUGGAGGCUAUGGCGGCGGCUCCAGCGGCGGUAGCUCCGGUGGCGGUGGUCGAUCGGGCGGUGGCAGUUCUAGAUCGGGCGGUGGUUCAUCUGGUGGGUCCCGAUUCACCACAGACAAGAAGAUGGAUGUCGCAUACGAAGCCGGGUACAAGGACGCUAUGGAUAAGGUCAAGGGCGACAUGAUGCGCAACUUUGGUAACUAAAAGAUAAAUGAUUCACGACAGCGAUGCCCCGAAUCCAGAUCGGCUGUAAUUCAAUCCAGGAGGAUGCAAGAUGACGGUUCUAGGUUUCCGAGUCAAUGUGGGGACCUUGUGGCGAUCUCGAUGGUUCUCGCGCCUUGCAGGCCACCGCCGGAACCGGUCGCAGCAGUUAUGUUCGGAUAUAUUGUAUAGGCGUUUCAAAUGUUUAUUCGACUUUCAACUAUUGCACAUUCUGUACGGGACUGCUGCUGCUGCUGAUUGACUGAACGAGAUAGUACCCUCUAAAACUGCGCGAAGCGACCCCGGUCUUGAUAGAAAAGCGCAUGAUGCCAAACAUGUGCAUGCAAGAGCUUGAACGAUGAAGUCGACAACCCAGGUUGUUCUCACUGGAAACGCUCUGUCGACAGCACUGAUGGUCAGUCGAUGCCACCCUCAAUUAGUGGGUGCAUGCGCUGUACCAGAGCGUCGGCGAGCUCAGCAUGAGUUACCAAACUCUGCUGAUGGCACAACAUGAUGCCGUCACCGAGUGGAAUCAAAAUCAAAUCGAAUCGCCCGACAUAAGCGUUGAAGAGCGGACAAGGGUUAUUUCCCAUCGCCAACGGUACUACGGUCUUGGUGCAUGGAAACACAUUAGCGCUCUUGCGCGCUGAGUCUCUGCAGUGCAGUGUGGCAUGAGCGCGCAGACAUCAGACACAUGGCGGCGGAAGACCGACCAAAUUGUGGAGGUCGACGUCCUCACGCUUUCAUCUACGCAGAGAGCAGUCCGCAGGCACAAUCGCUCAGAGCUAGACGCUACGAACCGCUAUGGCUGAAGUGCCUGCUUGGUCAAGUCUGUGUGAGCAUUUAAAUACUGAUACAGUAUUCAUUUCAAGUCGCUACGUAAUUUUCGUCAGUGAAAGCAAUGCAAACAAAAUCAAUCGCCUCCGAGGCGUCUGCCAGAACCACUCCAAGCAGAGCCGCUUGUCCAUGAGUUGGGUAAUGGUCCACUGCCCUGGUUCUGUGCUGCUGGCUGGUUUGCAGAUCUUGAGGCGAAUGCUGUGCCGUAUGCUCGAUUCGUCUGUGGCUGACCAGUGCCCGUAAACAGCUUCUGAAUGAACAGAGGCGGGGUGGUAUAUUUCUGACCACCUCCGUAGGUGGGCCACACACGGUCGAGGAAGUCGUACAUGUGAGCUGCAAGGAUACCGGUGGACUGAAUCAUGGUCUGAAAUGGGCCAGCUACGAGGUAGGUGAUGGCCAAUGACGCGUACGGUAAGUACUUCGCCGGCAUUUGAACAAUGAAAAACUGGACCUGUCGAUUCGGAUCUUCCUGGGCGAAUGUGUAGAUCAGGGCCAUAUUCAAGGCGCUUAGAAGAACCGCGCCGCCAAGGUAAAUACCUCCAGUAAGCAGGAUGACCAUUGCCACGAAGAGCAGAUAGAAGGCAUACGCGCCUGGUGCGCUGAACCGUGCCGCACCCGUCUCGAGCUGGCUGCUAUAGUGGUAGAGGAAGAAGGGAUCCAUGAUCAAACCUAGCGACGGCCCGGUGAUGAAGAAGCACGUGAAGGUGCGCCAUAAUUGUGGCAGUUGUUGCAAUGUGAAGACGUAGUCCUUGAAGAAGACCACCCAGGCCAGGUUAUACAGUUCGAGGUGUCCCGGUACGCUGAUGAGUACGGCUGCUGCUGUGAUGGUUCUUGUGACUGGCGGUGCCGAGAAGAACGCCUCCUGGAAAGACAUCCUGUCGUCUCUGGCAGCUUUGACACACGUCGAAGUGCUGUGAGAUGGAGGCAACUGGUGGUGGGUGGAUGGAUGG